GCACCUGCCUGGGUGACCUCUACAUAUAUAUGGAGCCUCCCUGGCCCUCCUCGAGAGUCCUGAAAGAGGAAGCUCUGUGUUGGGCCCUGCAGGAGUGCCAGCUGGAGCUGAGGGAGCACAGGCCCACUCUGAAAACGGAGCCCUUCUCCAGGUUCUUUCUCUCGCAUCCUGAUUCUUGCCACCGAAUGCAGGACACUGUCCCCUCCCUGCAUGAUGGCAUGCUCACGGACCUGCUCCUGCAUCCUGGGACUGAGCCUCGGGACUACAGCUCUAUUUGCUGCUGGGGCCAACGUGGUGCUCCUCUUUCCUAACUGGGAUGUCACCUACCUGUUGAGGGGCCUCAUUGGCAAGCAUGCCAAGCUGGGCACUGGGCUCUGGGGAGGAGGCCUCAUGGUACUCACUGCAGCCACCCUCAUCUCCUUGACGGGCUGGAGAUAUGGCUGCUUCAGGAAGAGUGGGCCCUGCCGAAGGAUGCUCACUGCUCUGUUGUCAAGUGGCCUGGCUUUGCUUGGAGCCUUGAUUUGCUUUAUCACUUCUGGAGCAGCCCUGAAAGAUGGUCCUUUUUGCGUGUUUGAUGUCUCAUCCUUCAAUCAGACGCAACCUUGGAAAUAUGGUUACCCAUUCAAAGACCUGCAUACCAGGAAUUAUUUGUAUGACCAUUCACUCUGGAACUCUGUCUGCCUGGAGCCGUCUAAAGCCGUCGUUUGGCAUGUGUCCUUCUUCUCCACCCUUCUGUGCAUCAGCGUCCUCCAGAUUCUCCUGGUGGUCAUUCAUUUCGUCAACAGCUUCCUGGGCCUUUUCUGCAGCCUCUGUGAGGAGUGACAGCCAUGAUCUCAUUUCAGCCUCUCAACAACUCCGUGGAAUUGGCCACAUGUUACAGAUAAACUGAGGCUCCUAGAGGAUAAUGGACUUGCUGCCCAAAAGCACUCCCCUUGGUUCAGGUAAAGUCAGUACCUGAACCCCUAUCUUCUAAAUUCAAGUUCACUGGUUGUUAUGGACUGAAUUGUGUGCCCUCAAAAUUCAUAGGCUGAAGCCCUAAUCCCCAUGUGGCUUUAUGUGGGGAUAGGACCUUUAAGGAGCUAAUUAAGAUUAAAUGAAUUCAUAUGGAUGGGACUCUAAUCCAGUAGGACUGGCGUCCUUAUAAGAAGAUGAGAUCCCAGAGCUCUCCACUCGAGCAUAGAGGAAAAGGCCAUGUGAGGACAUGGCGAGAAGCUGGUUAUCUGCAAGCCAAGGAGAGAGGCCUCAGUAGAAAUCAACUUUGUUGGCACCUUGAUCUUGGACUUCCAGCCUCUAGAAAAUAAA